GUAUCCCUACUUCGAUUGUCGGACGAGAGCAGGUGGGCUCUCGACGAUCUGCUCGAGAACGGCGAGAGAGUCCCGGUCCGCCGCUUCCUGCGUUCGCACCGGAGGCAUCGGCAUCCGACAGAGAGGCAUCGUGCGAGUUCGUUGGCCGACCGUCACCCGCGCGCGCCCGUUUUCCCGAUCAUUCGCGUGUGCUCGCCUGGUUGUUCUUCGAAGACGAAUUCUGAAAAUCGAAUCGGAAGAAACGCAUCUGGAGCUGAAUAGUGCGGGCGCGGUUUAACUCGCCUCGCCUCGCUAAGCGCAAGAGAACUCGCGCGAGCACCAGGUUCCAGUCGCGAAAUCGACCUGCGUCAUCCAGCCAGCCGGCAGGUGCUAACUCGCGCGUGACUCCGGUGUUAGCUGCGAGUCAUAGUCGCGCACCCGCUCGCACUGACCGGACGUGCUCGCCGAGCUGGCAAAAGUCAGCGAGAAACAGCAACGAGUGGCUGUUAAAACUUUGAGGAUUUUGAGAAAUUUCUUCUGCGAAACAAUCUUUUAAUCUGGAUCCGCGAUACUGGAAAAUCCUGAAAAUUCGUCCGAGGCAGAAAAAAGAUUGCAAGUUAUAGAAGAAUUUAUUCUUGGUGAAUAGGAAGCUGUCCUGGGAAAUUUUCUUAAGCGUGAAAAGAAUUCAAAGUGACCGUGAAUAGCAGAUCUUUAUUUUGGUAUUUCAAGAAAUCGCUUUUGGGAUCUAACAUUUUGGAAAAACAAUUAUUUUUGGAUCCAUUCUGAAUAUAUUUCCAGAAUAACAGAACAAAAGUGUACACACAUUAAAAAAGUUCUUAGAAGACAUAUUGAAAAAUACAUUGGACCAAGUAUCUUUUCUGAAAAUUUGAAAAAUCUGGAAUGAUUAUAGCAACUUGAGAACCACAGAAAUUUUUGCGGGAUUACAAUUUUAAUAUCAUUUGAAGAAUCAAAGAGUCCCGCGAAUACUGGAGCGCAAGAAGAAUCAGCAGCUCGAAGGACCGACCGCAGAGCGGAAGUACCGUUGUCUCUGGUCGUUUGGAAACUCGCGGAUGAACGGCCUUGACGAGUCUCGGCCCGAACUAGGACAGCGGAGCGUGCGUUUCAAUAGAUGGACCGAGGGAUCGGAAGUCUUCUUCCUUUCCUAAAGCAGACAUCCUUGAACAACAAAAGGGCGAUUUGAGGCUUUUGGUUUCCGACAUUACACACCAGCGGUGAAAUCCGGUUUUGCAUGGGUGUAUACCAGGAGACCGGCAAGCUUCCUCCUCCUAAUGUCACCCCGAAUAUGGCCAGGGAUCGCUCCGGGUCGGAUUAUUCGGGCCACAUGAGCGACACCACCUCGUGCAGUUGCGUCGCAAGUUCCAUCGACAAGUGCUCGUUACGCGGCUGCAGCAUGUUCCAAGAGCCGUUUUUCCUACAUCCGCCGGGCUCCCGACCGCGGGACGGGAUUUAUAUAAACCCCAUGAGCGCAUACAUCGGUGAGCCGCCGAAGCCGAAAGACUCGACCGAGUCCUUCUACCUGCACAGCCCGCACGAUCUCGUUUACACCAGGAUCACACGGCUGUUCGGCGACGCCGAGAAGCCGCGGAACGGCGUCGCGGCGGAGCAGCGUCAUGUGGCAGAGAGGAAAGACGAGACUCUGACUGUGAAAGUGGACGUGCACAUCAACAACAACGGAUUCGGCCGAACGCAUCCCGGCAACGGACACGCGGCCCGCUCCGAGAUCGCAAGGGAACCUGCAGAGCACGCUUACGAGCAGAUCUGCGUGAGGCAAGAGGAAACGGGCAGCGUGGGCUCGUCGUCGCGUAAAAAGCCGACGGACAAUGUCUCCGACAGCAGUCGUUCCCGAAAAACCGAUAGGCGAUACAGCCGAUCCAGCAGCGCCAGCGAGUCCUCAAACAUGAGCAGCGAAAUCCACGGUCUAUCCUCGACAACGUCCACGCCGUCCUUGUCGCGACACAGCAGCAACGAGCGAAUUAGCAGGCCGACGGCCAGGACAAACGCGGAAGCAUCGCAUGAGAGGAAGGACUCCUCCAGCACGCAGGUGGAAAGUGAAAAGGAAAUCCGUACAAGCGGCAACGGCGGACCUAGUCUCUCAAAACCGCCGCCGCCGCCGCCGCCGCCGUUACCGCCCGACAAAGACGACGACGUGGUGGUCGUCGUAGUGAACGCCAAGCCGAACGCAGAUGCUGCCGCCGACAAGAAAGACGCGCGAGGAAACGGCCAGGAUGGAAGAAGCGAAUCCUCCGCGACCAACAAGUCCGACGUAUCAUCCUCCGGCGAGCAUCAGCAGCAGCCGGAAGUGCAGCCUCCCGCCAGUAUACCGGUGGACGCGGACGAAAUUAAAGCGAGCCAGGCGUCCCACCUGGUAAACAGGCACAUGGUGCUGCCGUUCAUACCGCCCAAGUUCGCUAACGCGGACUCCAACACCCUGCUCAAGCCGUCGGAGUACCUGAAGAGUAUAUGCAAGGUGUCGUCGAAAAACAGUCUGUCGAAAGCGAGGUCAGUGGACAACUUGGACAUUCAGGGUCGGAAUUCGGAGCAGGGCGAAGAGGAGGAGGCGGACGAGGAGGGGGCGCGGAGGAGCAGCGACGAGGCCAAGGGGUCUCCUACGGGCCCCCCGCCGCCGCCGUUGUCUCCCUUGCAGCAGCGAGCACGAGGAGGAAAUCAGGCCUCGGGCAUCGCCGGCGCCGGCAACGAGUCCGAAAGCUCCAAGACCCCGCAACCUUUGGCUACGAUUAGCAUUCAGGACCUCACGAGUAUCCAGCUGCGACGGACCGGCGCGAAGAUGAAUGCCACCAAGACGUUCUCCGCUCCGCCUCCUCGCAGCGUAUCCAUGACUAACGUCUCGGAGCCGUUCUUCGUGCAAAAGACGGAUCUGAUCGCCGAAUUGAAGCGCACUAAGGAUAUUCCCGGCAUCAAGAAACUGAAAGUGGAAAGGGCGCAGGUCGAGAAAACUCAGGAGCAGAACCUCAUGUCGGAGAUCAACAAAGCAUUCAGCGUUACGAAAUUUGUUGAUCAAAUUCCGGAGAAAGAUAGUUCGGGGAACGUGAUACCAAUCUGGAAGCGGCAAAUGCUAGCACGAAAAGCCGCAGAACGUGCGAAGAAGGAACUCGAGGAGCAAAUAGCGCGAGAAAAUGAGGAGAGGCGGCAGAAAGCGAUUCCGCCAUGGAAGCGGCAGCUUCUCGCCAAAAAAGAUAAUGAGGAAAAGAGACUGAACCAUACACAGGCGUCCGUGGCUACGAAUUUGUCUUCGUCAAAAUUCGAAACAACAACGGUGAAGCCAAAGAGGGACGCUUCGCCGGUGGCGGUAUCAUGUGUCACCAAGAAAGAAGAAAAGAUCGAAACCGAUGAGAAACGAGACGAUCCAACCAAGGACGAUUCCGAUGAUGGCCAAAUUAUACCUUGGCGAGCGCAAUUAAGAAAGACCAAUAGCAAACUCAAUAUCCUUGAUUAAUAUCGUCGAGCAUUACGUACGCUUUUUCCGUUUUUUCGAAAGAGACGCAUGCAUGUAAUGCGAGUAUCGCGUUUAAUCAUUAUGCGCGUGAGAGUCUAUGUACUAUGAAAUCUCUAUAAACGAAGUUUACAUGCGAAAAGGAACUAUUUCUUGCUAGUUGAAAUAUAUAAAAUGGUUCACGGAAUUUACAACACGAAGCGUGUUCAAUACUCUUUAAGACUAGCACGUACUGGUAUUAAUACUCUCUAAAAAUGAAUUAAAAGGAUAUUUUUAUAUACCGAUGAAGAGUGUUUUACAGAGAGAAUGUCCUCGCAAGUAUCUUUUCACGUGAUUAGCAUUGAAAUAUUUCGAAUAUACAUAUUUUUCUACAUAUCUUUCUUAAGAGUUUGAUGACGAAAUGGAGUAGUUUAAGAGAUAUUUCUAUCUCUAAUUUUUUUCCAUUUUUCUAAUAUCUAAAAAGAUUUAGAAAAAUUGACGACAUGAAUAGGAAAAAAUUGACUUUUGCAAACAUAUUUUACUAAAUUAUAGUUUGCAACGAAUAUUGCGAGCAUUCGAUAAAGUGCAUCGAAAAAGACGAGAAAUUUAUUUGUAAUUACGUAAGGAAUUGUCGUGUCUUGAAUUUAUGUAAAACCAAAUGCGAUAUGUGUACAUAUGAAUAAGUCUUAUCAUUUUGUUUGCAUUAUAAAACUUUAUGUAACCUUGUUA